AUGUCCUCCAAUGACUCGACGCCGGUCGCGCGAAGCAGGAAGCGUCAGUCCCCACCCCAUCCUGGACGAUGGCAUGAUUAAUCUCCGUGACAGCCUGACAGGGUCCCCCUUGCUGACUUUACCACUCGAACACUCCACCACUCCACCCACCGCAUUGCGAAAUCGACUCAGCCCUGCCCUUCGUUUAUCAGUUCACUGCGGGUGCAAUCGCUGGUGUCACCGAGCUGUUGUGCCUCUACCCGCUAGGUCCGUCUCUCGUCCCCUCGACAUGUCACCGCCCGAAUCACGAUUGUUACCGCUGCUGAUCAUCCCUCCCUCCCACACCCUCUCCUUCUCCCCUCGUUCCGUUGCGUCUGCUCCAACCGCUCUCGUGUGCAAUCGCGGGCGUCUACCAGAUGUGGUCAGUCUGCGCGACAAGAUGCCCUAAGGUCUCGUUGAGUUGCGUCUCAGCCAAGCCGACAUUCUGUUCUCCCUUUGCCGUCUGCCCCCCCGGCAAUGCAGGUCAAGACCCGUAUGCAACUUCAGGUCGGAAAACCCGUCGCUGGUGCGGAGCAUUACAAUGGGAUGGUCGACUGCUUCAAAAAGAUCAUCGCUCGCGAGGGGUCAGUUCACAGAUGCGAUCCGGUCACGGCUCGGGACAGGGACACUCAUGUGGAACUGCUGCCUCCUUGAUCAGCGCUGGCCGCCUUUACCGGGGACUCGUGCCGCCGUUGAUGCUUGAGGCACCCAAGCGCGCCAUCAAGUUCGCUGCCAAUGAUUUCUGGGGCAAUACGUACAAAUCGGCACUUGGAACUGACAAGAUGACCCAGGGGCUGUCGAUCCUCACGGGUUGCAGCGCUGGGGCCACGGAAAGUGUGGUGGUCGUGCCUUUUGAAUUGGUCAAGAUCCGACUGCAGGACAAGAAUAGCACCUAUAAGGGGCCGAUGGAUGUUGUGGGCCAGAUCGUGCGCAAGGAAGGCUUGUUGGGCCUCUAUGCCGGCCUCGAACCUACGUUCUGGCGGUACGUCGACCCCCGCGACUCUCUGCUGCUUGGGCUGACCUGUUUUGCGAGCCCCCUACACUUUAGCCACGUGACAUGGAACGGAGGAUACUUUGGGUGCAUCUUCCAAGUCCGCGCUCUGAUGCCUAAGGCCGAGGUUCGUCAACCCGGGUCUGGUCUGCGUUUUGACAUUCUGCGGGCUGAAUCAAGCCGUUGACGGCUUGUCUUAAACAGAACAAAUCUGGCGAGCUGUUCAACAAUUUCGUGUCUGGUGCCAUUGGUGGCUUUGUUGGAACGGCUUUCAACACCCCAUGUACGUUUACUCGAUCUAGAUACUUGCCUUCUUCCUUUCUGUCCUCUUUUGCUUCGGUCUGGACUGACCUCGGAUCUAUCGCUUUCAAAAACCAGUCGAUGUGGUCAAAUCCCGCGUGCAGAACUCGAUCAAGGUCCGUAAAGAUGCCGAUCCUGCCGUGCUUUUCAUGUCGUUGAUCGGAACGCUGAGCGACUCUUGCCAUACUUACGGCUCCUCCAUCUGCGUGACCUUCGCUCUCUGGAUUGUAUUCUCAUAAUGCUACCCACAGGUUGCAGGAUCGACUCCCAAGUACAAUUGGACCUUCCCUUCUCUCCUGCUCAUCGCUCGGGCGGAGGGCAUUGGUGCGCUCUACUCAGGGUUCGUGCCAAAGGUACUCCGACUCGCGCCUGGUGGCGGAGUGCUGCUCCUCGUCGUGGAGUUCACACUCGACAUGCUUAGAAAACAGCUCGGGGGUCCAUAUUUAUAG